AUGAUAUGGACCACCGAGCCUUUUGAAGCAACCUACAACUCUAUAGAGACAGGUGUUCUAGAUCUGACUUUCUUUACAAAGAUUUUGCCCGAUUUGAAAGCUCUAAAUCUCACAGACAACAAAGCUAAGAAUGCCAAUAGCAGAGCCCAAUUGGAGAAAGGUGAAAUAGAGGUCUCUUCCGGGACUUACAAAAUCAACCAGGAGUUCAUAAUAGCGGUCAUAACUCUUUCUGAUGAGCUCAAUUUGGAUGAAUUAGUCACCGCUGAAAUAAUGCUACAAGCGACAACCGCUGCCCAACAUGAUGCAGAGUCGGACAUCUCUUUAAUUAAUAAUGCCAAGGUUGCAUUUUAUCUGAGAAGGCAGUACAUUUUGCAAAUUGUAUCCUACAUCAUCAAUUGUUGCUCUACUAACGACAAAGCAUACAUAGAGUUGAUCAAUGACGGCACGCUAAUGAACAACGUGCUUCUUUCCUUCACUGCAAUUCACCAGGAGCUACAGGAGAUUAAACAACUCGUCAAUAAAGCACAAAUAAUAGAUACCUACGAUGCCUUUUUCCAGCAAAAUAUUAAAUUUCGCAGAGAUUUUCUUGUUAAGGAAUAUGACAUACUGAGCCAGAUACUAUACGGGCUUGUGAAAAGUGGAUCGCUCAUGAAGAGAAACCUGAUCAACAAUUUGAUUAACCAUACUUCAGGAUUAGAAUCAAACGAUUUUUUCAUUAUCUAUUACCUCCCAGCUUUGUUUCUUUCUUUCUCCCAGCUGAGCUCAUUGCCUGAUUCAGAUGUCAAAGAUAUGCAUAAAGAGUUUGUACAAGAAUUGAACAAUGAAUCCUUAUACAAAACUCCUGUAAAAGUGACCCUCAUUUUUACGUUUUUGGUAUAUUUUAUCGGUUGGUGUAAAGCAGCACCCGCCACAAGAGCCAAAGUUUUCGAUUUCGCCACAACAGUGGAUAUACCAAUGACCCUUGCCGUUGAAUUGGGAGCUAUAGAACAGUUGAUGGUUUUUGCAGCUGAUACGUCUGAAAUCGAGAAGGAUUCCAGCGUAGAACUGUUUUACGAUAUCAGAUCACUCUUGGAAAGGCAUAUUCCGAGACUAAUUCCUCGACAGUUAAUAGAGGGUGAAAACACACUUUCAACAUUUCCUCGCGAUAGAGCUCACUUUUCUCACAUUUCUUUAUCGGAAGAAACUCUCUCGAUGUUCUUAUCUGCUUUUGAUCAACUCUUGCAGACUUUCAUUACUGACUGUGCAUUUCUUUUAACAAAAACAAAGGACGCGGAGGAAGAUUCAUUGCUUUCGGGUGAAGACCUAGGUCUGGAUGAAAUAUCUGCCAAAGCUGACUUGGAAAGAUUUUUCCUGAUCAUCUAUUUCUUCUACGCUUCUAGGCCCGAUCACUCGAUUAACUUCUGGAAAGACAAAGAGUCAAAUGCAUACGGAUUUAUAGAAUGGGCCAUAAAAUGUACUGAUACGCUUAUGCGGUCUUGUGUCUUUCUCAUGAUCUCAAGCUUAUCUUACGGCUCAGAAAAUUCACUGAUUGUCUACCAAUAUGUCAAUAGCAACCACAACUUGCAUUGGAAUCAUAUUGCGCAAGUAAUUAGUGAAUAUAUUAUCAAGAUUUCAAGUCUGGAGAACCGCUUGCAAGAAAAGCAACAAACCGCUCAAGACGAUACAGACCCUACAACCGUUGCACUAAACGAAGGUUUAAAUGAGGAAGCUAUUAUCUUUCUGUCGUCCCUUUUCACUUUGAUUGGUUCUGUAGCCUAUGACCUGGAUGAAGAAAUGAAGUCAAAGCUAUCAAACUUAUUUUCAAGCAUAUUAUUUGAGUUCCUUAAGGUAGAUACUCCACUUGUUGGUGCAGCAAUGAAGGUACUAAGUAACUUAGUUCCAAAGGAGGAAAGCUCCCGAAGCACAUUCUGGGAAUCGCUAGAUGCAUGGAUAUUUAAAGGACGUCCGUUAUAUGCCACAGAAAAUUCAUAUCGGUCUGCCUUCGAAGCGUCUUUGAGAAGUUUUUCGGACAUUACCGGAUUUUUACAGCUAGUAAACUCCCUGCUCAAAAUCAAUUCUAAAGGAGAAAGUGGAUAUUUGAUGUUUGGAAAACAGACUUUUCCAAUAAAGCUUGGUCGCAGCUACAGAAAAGCAGGAAUAUGGCCAUACUUCGACUAUAUUUUCAUGGAUGUUUUUGUUCACACUAGGCAGCUGACCGACUUAGAAGAGAGGAUCGCAAUUCAGUUACCAGUUUUAGAAAUAAUCGAGAAUUCUAUUCACUCUUUUGACUAUACAGUUAUUCUGAAUUCAAUUCCAGCUGGCGCGAACCUGGAUACCCUGGUUGUAACUGAAGACUUUUUUGCAUAUGUUCAAGAGUCAGCUGCUACUGCAGUUAUGAAUUAUACUUUUAAUGAAAGUAUAUUCAAAUCACUUUUCAAUAUCGCUUCAAUUGGUAUUGACGAGUUAGGAAGUUCACUUGAGAGCAGCAAUGUACUCAACCACAUUGUAGGAUUAAGUGUCAAAAUUAUUAAUGCGCUACUCAUCUGCCAAGAGACCUAUGUGGAGGAAUUAUAUCCUAUUGUCAAGAAGCAUGGGAAACCGGAAUAUUUUGUUCCCAAGUCAUUUGGAAUUCAUGGUUUAAGAUCAUUUUAUGACGCUAUUUUAUUUGACUUGCCCUUGAUUGCGCAUUUUGGUCUGUAUGUUGGGUUGGAAGAUUACGUCACCGCAUCGAAUUCCUUGAGUAUAUUGAAGAAACUUUCGGAUGAAUUAUCUGCAGCCGACAGCCAAUCCAUCGUCAAGGACAAGUUGCUUACCAUUUUUGAUUCAGUUGACGAAUCUGCAAGAAUUAAAGAGGCGUUUAUGAGCCAACUGGAAUCUCCAAUUAUAAGCGAAUCAUCACUUACGCUCAAAUUUGAGAUUCUUGAUUUCAUAUCCUCAAAUCUAUCCUUAACUAAUCGAAAUCCAACUGUUGCACAUUUUUUACUUGGAUUUCAAACGGGCACCGCCCUAUCAUUGGGGUCAAGCUUGAGUACUUUCAUUGAAUCAGGAGUUUCAGUACUCAGCUCUCUAUUAUACCUUUUGGAAUCAUCACUGACGUCCCUUUUGCCGGAAAAUAUUGAGUACGCACCUAUUCGAAUGGCUUCAACUUCACUGGAGAUCCUUCUAAAGCUUUGUCGUAAUCCCGCAACGUCAAGUUUGGUUUUAGAAUAUUUACAACGUGCAGAGCUCUUUGAAAAGCUAAUGCACUUGGACCCAAAACUAGAUGUGCAUACUGCUUGGUCUGGGAAAAUUUUCAACGGUAAUUUUGAUGACAUUUCUACUGAAUUUACUGGUACAUCAUCUAUCGGUGCUUUGCUGUCUUUUCUAACAUAUCGAAGUAACGUGCUACAGUAUCUGAGCCUCGACAUACACCGGCUUCAUUCUAGCUCUCAAACAUCCAAAAUCUUCCCAUUUGUGAACAUUCUUACUUCUCAUAUAUUACAAUCACCAAGAAUUUUCUUCUUCUUGGACACCCUGGGCUACAAUGCAAAACCGCUCACUAAUGAAGCUUUCAAGAAUAUCAUUUUGUUCGGUCAGAUGGACUUGAAUUUGGAGAAAAUAAAGACUACGAACACAUGUACUGGUAACAUCUACGAUUUUAGCGAACUUGACGGUCUACUUCAAUUGAAAACGAGAUCGUACGAAAAAUUCCUUCCUUUACUCAAACAGGAUGUCGAGAUCCGGGACAAGAAGUCGCUACUACAUUUUUCUAAGGAAGAAUCUCGAAGACUGAAAGGAUACAUCAGUAACUAUCUAACCUAUGAGAAAUUUACUAGUUCUCAGUUUGCAGUUUUACAUUCUUGGGUACAAUUGGUCCAGAUUGUCGUUUUGGAUGGUGAAAUGGAUUCUGUAACGCGUUCAAAUUUUAUAUUGGAACUUUUUGAAGCAAUAAUUCCUAAGAUAAAUGAUUAUGUGGAAUUUGACGUCUGUUAUUCAGAGGAAUUGGUAUCACUUUGUGUUUUUCUUUAUGAUCUUUAUCGUAAAGAUCGUGAGGAAAUAGAUGGUGAAAGAAAUGUCGACGGAAGACUACACAGUCUCUUCAAAGCAUGUAUACAUGGCAUAACCUCCCCUUUAUCAACUUUGUCGCUAAGAUCAGACUUUUAUGUUUUAGCUAAUUGCUACCUGACUAGAGUACUACGCGAAGAAUCCCUCUCGAGGCAGAUUUUGCAAUCAUUGAAAAUGACAAGCGAACGCUUGGUAGAGGUGAUCUGUAACGAUGCCAUUUCCGGAGAAGGUUCCACUAGGAUCACGGGAAUUUUACUUCUAGACUCUCUCACUCAGAUUGCCAGCCUGAAUAAAGUUAAUUUCAUUCUGGAUUCUUUAACUAAAAGCAAUAUGCUCUUGCUCAUCAGCCACUCCAUUAAAACCACUGAUGAACUUUUGACUUCACCCAUGGAAAGCAUUAACUUGGAGGCAUUACUGUAUGAACUAACCGCUUUCAAAUCCACUGCUCAUUUUUUGAUUCGCAUUGCUGAGACGAGAAGCGGCGCCCAAGCCUUGGUACAAAAUGAGAUAUUCCAAACAAUUGAGUCUUGUAAAUUCUUGAGGGUUGAUCCCGAUUUGGGAUUGGAAUUGAUUUUCGGAGAAAUGGCAAGCAAAAAUUCACAGUAUGUCAAAGCCAACUUAAGCCUGGACAACCCCCUCAAUUUAAGUGAGGAGGCCAAUGGCAUAUCUUUGUUUGAAGUUUUGGUUCCAAUUUUUCAAUUAGUUGCUUCAAUUCUUCUAAGUAUGGGAAGUGCAAACAAGCCUGUCAUAAAACGUGCCAGGAAAUUGCUUGUCCACUUUAGAAAACUAGUCCUAGGAGUAAUCAAAAGGGACGCCUUGAUAGAAGAAAAUGGCGAUUACCAGAUCGGACCUGGUACACUAGAAGGAUUGAAACAGUUAGUCAAACUAGUGGUUCUAUUAUGUACACUCACUGGCUACAAAGGCGAAGAUAGCAUUUGA